AUGGGUCUGAUAAUAGGUCGUACUGGGUCCCUGCUGAUGGGUCCUUCCCCAUCGAUCGCCAGGUCAGUGAUCCUGAGGCGGUUUACACCGCUUGUAAGGCGAUUGCCUAUUGUGCAACCAUCGGUGAGGUCAGUGAUCUCUAAGAGGUGUCAAUUGAGUCCACUAAGUCAGAUACAGUUUCAGACUACUAGACCGUUGACUAGAUCGUUCACAAGUAGUGUGAGGUUAUUACAGGCUAAGAGUCCGAAGGAAGCAGAACAGAAAUCGGGUUUGAAAGAUGUUGUGAGAUUAUUAAUGCUCGCCAAGCCAGAUUGGAAGCUACUAGUGAUAGCUAUUACGUUGCUGACUGUAUCUUGUGGCAUCGGGAUGACCAUUCCGAAAGUCAUUGGUAUGAUACUGGACGUGUUAAAGACAGGAUUAGAGACCAACGAAGGGAAAGACGGUCCAAUAUCAAUGGCAGACGUACCACCGAUCUUCAUGGGUUAUUCAAUCUAUGAAUUUUUAGGUGGGUUUGCCGCAUUGAUGGUUUUCGGGAUAGUAGCUAACUAUGGGAGAAUUGUUUUAUUGAGGAUUUUAAGUGAGAGAGUGGUGGCUAGAUUACGUGCCAAUGUCAUCAAGAAGACAAUUCACCAGGAUUCGGAGUUUUUCGAUAGGCACAAGGUCGGUGAUCUGAUUUCGAGACUCGGUUCAGAUGCUUAUGUAGUUUCGCGUUCCAUGACUCAAAAAGUCUCUGAUGGUUUUAAAGCGCUCAUAUGUGGUGGUGUUGGUGUGGGUAUGAUGGUCUCCAUAUCUCCCCAAUUAUCGGGGCUACUAUUACUGUUUACACCACCUGUCCUUUUUAGCGCUUCAAUCUUUGGUAGAAAGAUUAGAGAUACUUCCACGGACUUGCAAGAAGCGACUGGUCAACUUACAAGGGUUUCUGAAGAACAACUGAGUGGAGUUAGAACUGUGCAAUCGUUUGUUGCUGAGCAAAAAGAGAUUCACAGGUAUAGCCAUGCAAUCCGGGACAUUUUCAAUGUGGGUAAAAGAGCAGCUUACAUCAACGCCCAGUUUUUUACAGCAACAAGCUCAUUGGGUGAUAUCAGUUUCUUGGUUGUAUUGGCGUACGGUUCGUACCUUGUUUUGCAGGGAGGUCUCACAAUUGGUGAUCUAACAGCAUUCAUGUUAUAUACAGAGUACACCGGAAGCUCUGUGUUUGGAUUGACAAGUUUCUACUCGGAAUUGAUGCAAGGUGUUGGUGCCGCCACGAGGCUCUUUGAAUUAACAGACCGAGUGCCAUCAAUAAAGCCUACUACGGGAAAGAAAUUUGUACCGGGCAAAGGUGAGAUUGUGUUUAAGGAUGUCACAUUCAGUUAUCCAACUAGACCCGGAAACGUUAUUUUUAGAGACAUGGACAUUAAGAUCCCCGCGGGUUCCAAUGUCUGUGUUGUUGGUCCCUCGGGGCGUGGUAAAUCAACUAUUGCCCUUUUAUUGCUUCGUUUCUACAAUCCAUCCAGCGGUCAGAUUUUCAUUGAUGGUCAAGAUAUCAGUAAACUAAACAUCAAAUCUUUGAGGCGUCAUAUUGGUUUGGUUCAACAGGAGCCUGUUCUGAUGUCCGGUACGCUACGGGACAAUAUCACUUACGGUCUUACGGAAACGCCAUCGAAGGAGGAAAUACGAAUGGUUGCAAAGCAAUGUUUCUGUCAUAAUUUCAUCGUGAAGUUUCCGCACGGUUAUGACACAGUUAUAGGACCUCAGGGUGCUUUACUAAGUGGUGGACAAAAGCAAAGAAUUGCAAUCGCUAGAGCACUGAUCAAGAAACCAACCAUCUUGGUGCUCGAUGAAGCAACGUCUGCUUUGGAUGUCGAAAGUGAGGGCGCGAUUAACUAUACGUUCGGUCAGCUCAUGAAGAGUAAAUCUGUGACUAUCGUCAGCAUAGCGCAUCGUCUAAGUACGAUCAGGAGAUCCGAAAAUAUCAUUGUUUUGGGUAACGACGGAUCAGUAGUGGAAACUGGUAAAUUCAAGGAACUAUUUGCCGACCCAUCAAGUGAGCUAUCCAAGCUACUCAAUGAGAAAUCCAGUAGGUCCGAAAAUUCUUCAUCGUCUUACUCUCCAAACGCCAGUGAGCAGCCUGAAGACGAGGCAAAUCAAAAAAAUGCUCCUGAAGAAGCACAUGAUGAUUCAGUAGAGGAAAUUCUCAAGGACGUAACUGCUGAAGGGAAACCAAUAAAGAUAUCGUGA